UGAGCCCAUCUGACACCUGUAAUCACGCGCGCACACACUCACUCACAACAUUCACUCAUAUACAUUUCCCCUUAAUCAGCGCUCACUUUAGUUUUAGUUAACCCUUUAAAUACUUCCGUUUUUUUCUUAUAUUCCCUUUUAUUUCCUUUUAUUACUCUUAUUCUCAUUCACUCAUUCAUUCAGCUAUAUACAUUUUCCGUCCAUCUGUGUUAACUUUACCUUUAGUUCCCCCAUUCAAUACCUUCGUUUUCUCAUUAAUUAUCUUCUUUUUCUCUCAUAUCCUCACCUUCUUCUUCUUCUUCUUUUGACCUGUAACGCUUUGUAUCGCUUCUUAGGUCCUCCUCCUCUCGCUCAUUUACUCACUCAUUAAUCUAUAUACAUUUUUCUUUCAUCUACCUUUAGUCUCCCAUUAAAUACUCCCGUUUUCUUUCACUCACAUGUAGCUAUUCGUUUCUUCCGUCUAUAUUUACAUCUCUUCAGUUUACCAUUAAAGGUUUGAUUUUCUUCUUUACUCAUAUAUACCUCUCUCUCUCUUUAUCUAUCUCUCUAUCUUUUUUUAUUUGUUCGUCUCUCGUUCUGAAAGCCCCUUCUAUUUACUAGUUAUCAUGUCGUCUAUAUUACUCCUUUUAUCAUCUUUAUUAUCUCUCUAUCUAUAUUUCUUUCUUUUCCUCGUCUUCCUAUGCUAUAUACAACCCAUUUCACUGACUAUUAAUUAAUCAUCCUCUCGUCUAUUCCUCUGUUUUACCAUUCCUAUUUACAUCAUUUCAUUUAUAAUUUCGUUCACGUCCAUCGCAUUUAUGUGGGUUAGCUCAAUCUUGCUUCUGUUUACGUGUUUUUGUUAGAGGUAAGGAGUAAACUAAAGGGGCAAAAGGAUGACAACUAAAGAAGCACAAGGUUUAAAAGGAUAAAGCAAGUGAAAACCAAGAAGGAAGAAAAGUAAAAAGUUGUCCGAUGCAAAAUGGGAAGCAUAGAGGAGUAAAGGACGAAGGGUAAUGAAACACAGUGCUCAAGUCAUCUGGUGGCGGGCCGCGGAACUUCACAACCAAACAAGCAUACCCUAGUUACCAUAUUAUCGUUAACAGUUAAUAUAUUGAAGAUGGUGUCAGUUUCAUCUCUUCUAUCUUCAUAUAUUUGCUACCUACCCACUUAUUUCUUCCAUUCCUUCCUGUUUCGUUCCUUAUUCCAUGUUUCUCUCCCUUUCUUCCCUUUCCUGGCUCUCCCUUUUUUUUUUUUUUUACCCCCUCCUUCCUUCCCUCCCUCCUUCUCCCCCUCCAUACCUCCCCCUCCCUCUCCCCUCUUCCAUCACCACGUGUGUGCACUGGACCCGCGAACUUUAGCUCAUUUAAAUCGCUUGUUAUUACGUUAAUCCGCUUCGUUACGUUGUAUCUAAGUGCGUCGAUAGAUUCAUUAGUGAUCGAAAUCAACGCUGGAUCAUCGUUUGUGGCAAGGAAAUAACGGGGGAGGGGAAAAAAGGUGAGUGCAGUUUUGGAUUUUGAAUUUUUCUCCGUCUCGCGUUCGCCAUCUUACCGUGGGUCAGUGUAAACAUGUCAACUUUUUUGGUAAUAUUUCUGGUUUAAUACAUUUAUGUGUCUUUAUCUUGGGAAUGUGAUGGGGUUCAAUGCUGUCUUGUACCUUUGUCCUGGGAUUUGAUGGCGUUUUAGAGGGUGUUAUGUGUUUUGUCUUCGUGUUAGAUGUGCACUUACUGAAUACUGACUGUCUUCCUCUCGUUCGGUCUCGUUGUUUAAAGAUUUCGGCUCCUAUUCUCAAACGCCUUCGGCUCUCACAACAAUAAUGUCCAAGGCCACAAGGGAGAUUAGUCGGGUUCUCGUGACUAUUUUCCACGUCCAUGGUGUAGAAGCCUUAUUAAGCUAUCACUAGGCUCACAAAGCUAUCCAUGGAAACACUGACACAGCCUCUACGAAAGCUUUCUCAAGUGUGGGUGUGAUAUGGGUGUGUAAGCCCCGAACCGUUUGAGAACAUGGGCCGAGUUAGUCCCUUAAUUCACACUGUGCCGACUCUGGGCCACGACAACCCAGCGACUCUUAGGCCCCUUUCACACUGUACCGAUCGACUUAGCAUCCGGCGAUCGUUUCUAGAGCUCUCCGACCAUGCGCGACCCUUCCACAUCGACAUUUCACGCCCAAGACUUCGUGUACCCUAGAGACGGGUUGUCGAUCGUGGCCCAGAGUCGGUAACCUAAUUUAGUCCAUUCACAGAGGUACCAUGGGCUUUGUCAGGGCCUAUGAAGAGGGUGCCGACGAGGACUAACUUAUCUGUAUGUAUGAUUGAAAGAAGAAAUAACAGGAGAGCAAGGGAAGGAAAGAAUUGUGAUGUGUUAAAAGUGGACUCUUGUGUUUGCUAAAAGCUAGUCAUUUGUUUUAUAGGUUUCAUUAUUUUUAUCAUUAUUCUCCGUUAUCAUUAUUACUGCUAUUAUUUGUAGUAUUAUCUUGUGUUAGUCUACUACUGAAAGGAGGAGAGAGGUCACUGUUUAGAGAGAACGGUUUUAGUGGCGACGUUUUAUGGGUGACUAAAGAAAAUGGACCGUGUUACAUAUUUUCUAUUUUAUCAUUUAUUCAACAUGUUCCUUCGUUAUGUGACCUAUAGCGUGUUGUUUUUAAUAGAGAACGGUUUUAGUAUCGUCGUUUUAUGGGUGACUAAAGAAAAUCUACCUUGUUAUAUAUUUUCUAUUUUAUCAUUUAUUUACAUGUUCCUUCGUUAUGUGAUUUAUAGCGUGUUGUUGUUGAUAGAGAACGAUUUUGUUAUCGACGUUUUAUAGAUGACUAAAGAAAAUCUACCGCGGUAUAUAUAUUCUAUUGUAUCGUUUAUUUACGUUUUCCUUCGUUAUGUGACUCGUAUCAUCCGUAUAACGUCAUUAUUGUUCUUACACAUACCGCAUUUGACGUAGGUAGAUCUCUUAUAGUGUAAUAUAUAGAUGAAUAUAUAUCAAAAUGAAAGUUUUUAAAAAUAUUGUAGAUUUCUUUUAAAUAUAUCUUUAAUGUGACCAGAGCCUGCGUGAUGCAGAAUGAGACCCGACUGGUGCCCCUCACCUGCAGGGUGGACUGCAUCAUGGCCUGCCGGGUGGCCAGAGUGCUGCAGCGCGACGCGGAGGGCGUGGCGCCGGAAAGACUCCGGUUAGCCAUGGCACAGGGCGUCGAGUGCCUCCACAACAACGGAUGGCUAAUCGGCACCACUAUUGCUGCCAACACCAGCCGGCACGCGGGUAACUGGCUGUGGCGAGAGCCGGACCGCCCGCACCCCACCUACAGGCCUUCUGCCCCCUGGGAGCCCUCUGCCGCAGUGUACACUGCCACACAGCUGCCCGCCAGCAAGGCGCAGUGCACUACCGCGGAGCUGCGUCAGCACGCCUUGAUGGCCAUGGCGCAGGUCACUGAGCGGGGCGCUGCGGUGUACUACACUGACGGCUCUGUCGACCCCGACAGCGGGAGGACGGGCGCCGCCUUCGUCACUGGUGGACGGCAGCGGGCGUGGAGGACAUCAGACCACUGCUCCUCCCUCCAAACAGAGCUAGUGGCAAUCCUGCACGCCCUCGAGCACGCACAGCAUCGCCAAGGGGACACCGUCGUGCUCCACACAGACUCCCGGGGGGCCCUGCAGGCGCUACAAGGCCACCCCAAGGACAACGUGGGCCUCAUCACCGCCAUCCUGGGCAUCCUGCAAAGCCUUGCAGCGCAAGGCAGGCGGGUGCGGCUCCACUGGAUCCCCAGCCAUGUGGGAGUCAGAGGGAACGACGCCGCCGACGAGGCCGCCAAGAGGGCAGCCAAAGGCCCCACCGUCACCAAACCUGUGCGGCCGAGCCUGCAACAGGCCAAGACACAGGCCAAACACGCAGCAGUCCACCACGCCCACCAGCAGCUCCAAGAACUGGAGGGGACAAAGAAACAGGCAGCCUGGUACGCUGCGGCCACUGCCUACACCCAACUGGACGCCGCCUACCAGCAGCGCAGGGCAGACGACGCGUUGCUGCAGCGCCUCAGACUGGGCUACUGCACCAGGGAGGAGCUGUACGACGGCUUCGAUGGGCGGAUAUGCGAGCACUGUGAAGAGCGCGCCCGCCGCCCCCUGGUGCACUACCUACUGUCUUGCCCAGCCACCGCGCGCCUCAGACCAGCGCCAGCGGCUGCCGCCCAUCCUGCAGGAGACGGCCGGCCCCUGAGGCGGUGUGAAGCCAAGGCCGCCCUCACGGUCCGACACACCCCGUCACAGGUCCUCCUCGAGGUGCUACGGGCGGCACCCCCCCCACGGUGACCAACGCCCGCACCCCGCACAGCCGGGCGACGUGAGCCGCGCUGACAGCGCUGCCACAACACCACGCCGCUAGCCUGCACCGCCACCGAACACCCCCGACAGCGGCGGGCCGAUGCCCGCUUUGUCCAACUAUAUAAUGUUGUUUACGUGAAUUAUUAGGUAUCAGAGCAUGUACAUGUAAUGGAUGCUAAUCACGGGCAUCACAUAUUGUAUAGUUGCACAA